AGUUCCAACCCGAUUUGCUCCCUCGGCUAUCGGCUGGAACUGCUGCAACCAAUGAGAGGCAUUCAAUUAUUCACUCAUCGCCGGAUGGGAUCCUCCACCGAUUUGGCUCUUAGCGUCCCAUCGAGCUUGGUCCAAGCGUUUCUACAAGCAGCCUCGAGCCCCUCCCGCUGUGUGGCUGAGGGCAAUACGAACACCUCUGUCGAGCCUGUCUCCCCAGACCUGUUUUCAGCCACUUUAGCCACAGUGCCAAAAUGGUGGGUAACUGCCUAUAACAAGCCUAUAACAGCCGAGCUCAGUCGUCAUCACGCAGCGCCGAGAGAAUCCCAACAUUUAUUUUUGGGGAUCCGGCUGGCAUGGUCAGGUCUGGUCAGGCUAGGUACCUACAGGGACGUUGCAUUGGUGAUCAAAGUUAGGUUUUAUCGUUGUUGUAACACGACAAAGUCCCAUGUUAGAACCUUUGCGGAGCGGACGAGGGGGCGAUGUCCGUCUUCGACUUGUUUUCCUCGCAGAUUUUAGGCUUGAAUGAAUAACUAGAUGUCAAAGUCUAACUGCCUUGACCUGUCCAGGAUCAUCUUGUCCUUGCUUGUCCCCCAACCUUGUACCGUAGUCUCCGCAGGCGAAUUUAGACCUCG